AUGGGCCUCCUCUCCCAGGGCAUCGACGCCCUCAACCUGGGCAGCAGUAAGCCCAAGAGCCGCCGCACCAGCCUCCAAGGUCCUCCUCCUCCAGAUGACUCAGCCCAAGACGGAAGCGACGCCGACACCUCGACUCUUGACAAGGACGAGGGCAACAUUCUCAUGGCCCUCAUCUCUCAACUGCGCCCAGGAAUGGACCUGACCAAGAUUGCGCUGCCCACAUUCGUCCUCGAGCCUCGGUCAUUGCUCGAGCGCAUCACCGAUUUCUUCUCACACCCGGACCUCAUCUUUGGUGCUGGACAGGAACCCGACGCACGUGUGCGCUUCUUGCGUAUCAUGACCUUCUACCUCUCUGGGUGGCACAUUAAGCCGCGCGGCGUCAAGAAGCCUUACAACCCUAUCCUUAACGAGUUCUACCGCUGUACCUACUACUACCCCGACGGAUCCCAGGGAUACUAUGUCGCCGAGCAGGUCUCGCACCACCCACCCAUCUCCGCCUUCUUCUACGUGUCGCCGAAGAACGGCAUCCUCGUCACGGGUGAGCUCAAGCCCAAGUCACGAUUUCUCGGAAACUCUGCCGCGACGAUCAUGGAGGGAGAAGACCGUAUCCGCUUCCUCAACCGCCCCGAGGACGGCGAGUACUGCAUUUCCAUGCCAAACACCUAUGCUCGUGGCAUCCUGUUCGGCAAAAUGCUGCUCGAGCUCGGCGACCUAUCGACGAUCAGGAACGACAUCACAGGCUACAACUGUGAUGUCGACUUCAAGACCAAGGGAUGGGUGUCGGGUGGAUACAACCUCAUCACAGGCAAGGUCACGGGCCCGGACGGCAAGUCUGAAGGCGAGAUCAACGGCAUGUGGAGCGGCACUAUCGACUAUAGCCCAAAGGGAGGAAAGAAGUCGACCCUGUUUGAUGCGUCCAAGUCCAACGCGGUGGCCAAGGCUGUGCUGCCCGAGUCGAUGCAGGAGGAGAAUGAAUCAAGGCGACUGUGGGCCAAGCUCACCGACGCGAUCAAGACGACGGACAUGAUCGCGGCGCAGACAGCCAAGUCGGCAGUAGAGGACCGUCAGCGUGAGCUGCGGCAACGGCGAGCGGAGCGCGGCGAGCCAGCCCCCACGCCUCGCUUCUUUGUCCCAGUCGGUGACAAGUUUAUGCCCAAGCUCGACGUUGACAAGCUGCCGCAGAACGUGGACGAAUUGGAGGCACUUGUCCGCGACUUCAUCUUCGGUGAUCGCGUACCCGGGCCACCUCCGGCCGGCUCCGCUCCGCCCACCAGCACACCGGCCUUGUCCGUCGAGGUUCUCCCGGUGGGCCCGUCCUCCGGGGCUCCGGCUGAGGCAGUUCCUGCCCAGCGCGAGACGGUUGCACAGGCUCCGGCUCCCACACUGGCGACUGCAGCCUCGGGUGCUGCGGCGCCUGUUGCUGCGGCGCCUGUUGCUGUGGCGCCUGUUUCUGCGGCGCCUGUUGCUGUGGCGCCUGUUGCGGUGGCGCCUGUUGUGGCGGCGCCUGUUGCUGCUGCGCCUGUUGCGGCGGCGCCGGUUGCUGCGGGUGCGGGUGCUACUCUAGCUGGGGGGGCGGCGGGGCCCGUGGGGACAGCCCCUGCUCUGAGCCCUGCUCCCAGUAACGAUCCGCGCAGAGCGUCGAUUGCGUCGACCAUCUCGGACGACGAGUACCACGACGCGCACGAAGAUUUCCAUCCGCCUGGGCACCCAUAG